GGGAAGCCGGCGGGGGACGGUUGGCCCUGAGGAGCGCCUCGCCUCGCCUCGCCCGGAACCGGGGCUGCCUCGUCGACGCCCGGGCUGCGCGGCCGAGUGGGACUGAAGAGGCGCCGCAGCAGGAGAAGGAGAAGCGGCGGCCUGCACCGGCCGACGACCCCCCCCCCCCGCCUGAGGGGGCCUGCGAGCGGCCGAGCCCCGUCUGGCCUCCGUCCUGUCAGGGCAGGAUGCGGCGCUCGGGGGCCUGAGGGGAGCCCAGGCCGAGCGGGGCCUUCCUCCUCCCCGGCCCUCCCCGGAGUUCGAUGGGCCCCGCGCUGAGGAGGGGGCGCUCCGAGGGGCAGCCCCGCGUUGGGCCCCAGUGAGGCGCCUCCUGCGUCUCCCGCCCCAGUUCCUCUUUUUAGGGGGGGGGCUUCUCCCUCCUCAGUUCCUUUUGAGGGGCUUCUCCCUCCCCAUUUUAGGGGGCUUCUCCUUCCCCACUUCCUAUUUUUAGGGGGGCUUGUCCCUCCCCAGUUCUUGUUUUGAGGGGCUUCUUCUCCAAUUCCUACUGGGGGGGGCUUCUCUCUCUUCAGUUCCUUUGGGGGGAGGCUUCUUCCUAUUUUAGGGGGCUUCUCCCUCCCCAAUUCCAAGUUUUAGGGGGACUUGUCCCUCUCCAGUUCUUAUUGGGGGGCUUCUCCCUCCCCAUUUUACAGGGCUUCUCCCUCUUUAAUUCCCAUUUUUAGGGGGGCUUCUUCCUCUCCAGUUCCUGUUUUAGGAGGGCUUGUCCCUCUCUUUUUCCAGUUCCUUUUUGUGGGGGAGCUUCUCCCUCUCCAAUUCCUAUUUUAUUGGGGAGGAGCUCCUUCCCCAGCAAGGGGGAGGGUCUGAAAUAAACCCCCCUCUCUAAGAGGGUGAUUUUCUGGGUACCAGAGAGGGAGUGUGGACUGCCCUCUUUUGCUUCCCUCCAAUAAAAGGGUAGGAUUUUUUAGACAGGUCCGCACAUCCCUGCACUCAAAAAGGGGGGACCCCCCAGAGUGUAACAGCGUUUCCCUUCCAGGAAGACCCCCCUGGGCUAAGGCCUUUUGGGGUCCUUAAUAAUAACAACAGCACCCAUUAGGAGCUCACCCCAGAGGAGGCCUUUGGCAAGGGGUCAUUACUAUAUCCUAGACAGGUGUUUGGGCGGGGGCAAGAGAGGUAAUUCACCUCAGACAGUUUUAGGCAGGCUGUCCUGUCACUUGGAGGGGGAGGAAGGAGAUUGCUUAAACCCUGAAGGAAAGGGGUUUUUUUGGACGGGGAAGAAGAGCUAUUCUCUCUGUUUACCUUCUUGUUGUGGGACAUCAUUGUGACUUAAGAAGAGUUACUGCACUUGUCGCGACUGGACACGAGGGUCGGGAAUAACUUGAAGCAGAUGCCUCUGUCUGACAGUUACCGACUUGACAACACCACCUUUUCCACCAAGUUGUUUUACCCCUUUCAGAGUGCUGGCAACGGCAAGAUUUUGGGAAGGCUGAAUCAUGUCUCUGAAGGUCUUCUCCCUUGUUUUUUGUGCGGGGAAGAUUUUGACUAGAGAGGGCUCCCUGUGGGGUUUUGUAAGUCCUCCCUGAGAUGGAUCUUUUCAGUGACUGUGAAGAACGCUGUUGUUGUUUUUGUUCUUAGUGGAACUCAUCUUCUAAACCUCUUUUGGAAUAAACUGGAUUCUGAACUUGAGUGUGUGUAUGGGAAAGUGACAGUGACAUUGACAUAACUAAUAUGAUGCAGAUUGGUUAAAAAAUCGUCUCCUUGCCAAGGGCUCCAAUGAGUGGCACACAGUCCGCAAUCACGGACAGGUUUCCCCUCAAAAAACCUACAAGGCAUGGCAGCAUUCUGAGUAGAGAGUCUCCAGCAGACAAGAAGCAGAAGGUCGAGCGCUGCAUCAGUGCCCACGAUUUUGACCCUACAGAUAGCUCCUCCAGGAAGACAAAGUAUAGCUCAGAGGAAAGUAGAUCCGAGACAUAUGGUCUUGUUCAGCGUUGUGUUAUUAUCCAACGGGAUGAAAAUGGAUUUGGGCUGACCGUCAGUGGAGACAAUCCAGUAUUUGUGCAGUCAGUCAAAGAAGAUGGAGCAGCCAUGCGGGCUGGAGUCCAAACUGGUGACCGAAUCAUUAAGGUGAAUGGGACUCUGGUAACACACUCAAACCAUUUGGAGGUGGUAAAGCUGAUAAAGUCGGGUUCCUAUGUAGCUCUUACAGUGCAAGGGCGCCCACCUGGGUCGCCCCAACUUUUGUUGGCUGAUUCUGAAAUGGAUCCAGCAGCAUGUGGAUCCAUCAGCAUGUAUUCCAUCAUGGCAUCUCCUCACUCACCAGGAGCAUCUGGAAACACGGAGAGAAUUACCAGCCCGGUGCUGAUGGGGGAAGAAAAUAAUAUUGUUCACAGCCAGAAAGUGGAGAUUUUGAGGAAGAUGUUGCAGAAGGAGCAGGAGAGAUUGCAGUCCUUGCAAGAAGACUACAGCCGUGCGCCUGCUCCCCGGCUGCUCAAGGAGAUCCAGGAGGCCAAGAAGCACAUCCCUCAGCUGCAGGAACAGUUGUCCAAAGCAACAGGUUCUGCUCAGGACGGAGUUUUGUCUUCCAAAUCUGCAACAGAGUCUUUGCAGAUCAGCGAGGUAGAAGCUGAGAGUGGCGAUGGGCUGAGCAAAGGAGACUGCAGCUUUGGCGAAGGCUCCCAGUCACACAGUGACACAGCUGAGAGUCCCCGGAGUGGCCUAAAGGAGCACAUCUAUCCAGAGGAGAGCCCAGAGAAGAGUGAGAUUCAAGAUUCUGAUUCUCAGUCCAGUAUCGGAAGUCCAUCCACUCGCACGGUCCCUCUCCCUCCAAUCAUAGGAGCGGAAGAUGAUGACUUUGAUGCUGAACAUGAGCAGAUCAACGGGCAGUGCAGCAGCUGUUUCCAAAAUAUAGAACUGCUGAAAUCUCGUCCGGCUCACCUGGCUGUCUUCCUGCACCAUGUUGUGUCCCAGUUUGACCCUGCUUCACUGCUUUGCUAUCUUUUUGCGGACCUAUACAAGCAGACCAACUCCAAAGAAACUCGUCGCGUUUUCACAGAGUUUAAUCAGUUCUUCCUGGAGCGAGCUGCGAAUCUGAAGGUUCCUGUUCCGGAUGAAAUUUCUGUAGAUCUAGAAAAGAGAAGGUUAGAAUUAAUUCCUGAAGAGCUUCACCGCCAUUAUAUCCAAACUAUGCAAGAUAAAGUUUAUCCGGAGGUCCAGAGGCAUCUUGAAGAUUUUAGACAGAAACGUAGCAUGGGGCUUACUCUGGCCGAAGGGGAGUUGACCAGGCUGGAUGCAGAACGCUUUCGUGACCGAGCCGCAAUGGAGAGGGAGCGAGCGUGUGCAGAGCAGAUCAUUACCAAAAUUGAAGAAGUGUUGGUGUCCUCCCAGCCUAUCGAAGAAGAGAAGAGUUCAUCUGUGCAGUACGUUGUUCUUACCUACAUGAAACAUCUUGGUGUUAGAGUCAAAGAGCCCCGGAAUCUAGAUCACAAACGGGGGCGGAUUGGGUUCCUGCCAAAGAUCAAGCAAAGUAUUAAGAAGGAAAAGGAAGGAGAUGAAAAGAGGAGGAGAGUCUUCCCCAAUAUCCUGGGACCCCCAAGGAGACCGAGCCGCCAUGACAGCUAUGCAAUAGGCAGAGCCAUGGAGUUACAAAAGCAGCGCCACCCGAAGCACUUAUCCGCUCCUUCCUCGGUCAGCCCAGAGCCACAGGAUUCUGCAAAGAUGCGCCAGAGCGGAUCCAGCGACAGCACGGAUGCGGCCUACCCCCCUGCGAACCCCAUGUCUCCACUAGCUGCUGGGACGUUCACUUCCCAGGAGGGGAGUAAGGACAGCGAAACAGGAUCAAAGCAAGUAGGAGAACCUCCAUCUUGCAGUGACACUCUUGAUGGCACACCUCGCACGCCGAACACCGUCUUUGAUUUCCCGUCUCCUCCCCUGGACCAUUUGCAGGAAGAAGAAGGAGAAUUUGACAGGUUAGCGGACUUGGGAACGCCAAAGUCUUUCCGCAAGAUGGAUAGCGUGGGUGCUGGAGACAACCAGAGUGAAGACGAGCUGUUUGAUGUUGACAUGGAGACAGACUUGCCCAACUGGCAGCAGCUGGUGAGCCGGGAGGUGCUGCUCGGCCUUAAGCCCUACGAGAUUAAACGCCAGGAAGUGAUUAACGAGUUGUUUUACACUGAGCGCGCUCAUGUCCGUACACUGAAAGUUCUUGAUCAGGUCUUCUACCAACGUGUAUCUCGUGAAGGGAUCUUGCCUCCUGCUGACUUGAGGAAUAUAUUUUCGAAUCUGGAGGAUAUCCUUCAGCUCCAUGCUGGAUUGAACGAGCAAAUGAAAGCAGUGCGGAAAAGGAAUGAGUCGUCCGUCAUUGAUCAGAUUGGAGAGGACUUGCUAACUUGGUUCAGUGGAGCAGGGGAGGAGAAAUUAAAGCAAGCCGCUGCCACCUUCUGCAGUAACCAGCCCUUUGCUCUGGAGAUGAUCAAGUCGCGGCAGAAGAAAGACUCCCGCUUCCAAACUUUUGUCCAGGAUGCUGAGAGCAAUCCACUCUGUCGUCGUCUGCAGCUGAAAGAUAUAAUUCCCACCGAGAUGCAAAGGCUGACCAAGUACCCAUUACUGCUGGAUAAUAUUGCGAAGUACUCAGAACAACUUGAGGAGAAGGAGAAAGUGAAGAAAGCAGCCGAUCACUGCCGGCAGAUCCUCAACUAUGUGAACCAAGCUGUUAAAGAAGCAGAGAACAAGCAGCAUUUGGAAGACUACCAGCGCCGGCUGGAUUUGUCCUACUUGAAGCAGCUGGAAGGCCCCAUGCUGGAUGAGUUCAGGAAUUUGGAUUUAACCAAGAAGAAGAUGAUUCAUGAAGGCCCUUUGACCUGGAAGGUGAAUCGCGACAAGACCAUUGAUCUCUACACACUCCUCUUGGAAGACAUCCUAGUGCUGUUGCAGAAGCAGGAUGAUAGACUGGUGCUGAGAUGUCACAGCAAGAUCCUGGCUUCCACCGCUGACAGCAAGCACACUUUCAGCCCCGUUAUCAAACUAAACACUGUGUUGGUUCGCCAGGUAGCCACAGAUAACAAAGCUUUCUUUGUCAUCUCCAUGUCGGAAAACGGAGCCCAGAUUUAUGAACUAGUGGCACAGACGGUUUCCGAAAAAACUGUGUGGCAGGAUCUCAUAGCACGGAUGGCAGGAACAGUGAAGGUUGCAAGAGGCAGGAGGGUGAUUCCGUUACCGCAGUCAGGGCCCUGCGAGGAAGAUCAUGAAGAGGAAGACCAGCAGAAAUUGAAGGAAGAACAAGCAACUCCUGACAGCAGCAUGCAGAGUCCAGAUAAGGAUCUGGGACUGGAGUCUCCACUGAUGCCGAAGGCUCAGUCUCCUUCUACAGCCAUGUCUGAGAAAUUGGAAGAAGAGGAAGAGCUGCUGGAUACCAACAGACAAUUUGGAAAAGAGCCACCAGCAGACUUGCUGAUCAAAGAACCCUCUGAGCACUAUGGCCACACAAGUUCAGAGCACUCUUCCCAAAUUUCAGAGGAACGGUGGGCACUGGAUGCACUAAGGAACUUGGGUUUAUUGAAGCAACUGCUGAUGCAGCAGCUGGGCCUGUCCGAAAAGGAGCCCCUUGAAGACCGCCAGCGUUUCCCCAGGCAUAGGACAGGUUCCCAGGGGGCCCAAGUAGAAGAUGGAGUCCAGAGAGGGUCAAGACACUCUUACAGCAAGACAUCCCCGUCUGGGGCUAGUAGGACACCCUCUGGCGUGGGCACAGGCAGCUGCGGACCUUGCUAUGGUCACCGGACUUCAGGUGAAUUUGUGCAGCUGGGAGACAGCCCCUCAAGUAGCAGUCAACCAAGGGACCCCUUGAGCACAAACCCAGACACCCCAGUCAUGGCGCUGGAAGGGGUGGGUGCUGAGGAAGGCGGAGAGCACUUUUUUGACGCUCGUGAAGCCCACAGUGAUGAGAACCAGUCAGAAGGUGAAGGGGCAGAAAGGAAAGAGGAAGAAGAGGUGCAGCUGCGGAUCUCAGGAAAUUAUUUGAUCCUUGAUGGAUACGGCACAGUGCAGGAGAGCUCCACCGAUGAGGAGGUGUCUUCACUCGUUCUGCGGUCCACUGCAGGCAGUGGUGCAACGGACUCUGCCCACCAGCCACCAGCAUCCCUGCCGGACACCCAGUCAGACAGAGGAAGCUCACCAUUCGGGGAGGAAUUCACAGCCCCCCACUGGGAAGCCCCAGAGGAACCCUGCUCAGGUGUACUAAGCCCUCCCUUUUCGGUAGAGUCACGUACCCAGAUAAUGCGUUAUAUCCAGAAGAUAGAGGCUGACCUUGAACGCUUAAAGGAAGUGGAGGAGAAUUAUGCCACUCUUCUUCAGCAAAGGCUGGCUGGAUCAGCCCCCGCAGAUGAGCACUCAGAUAAAAGUUAGUCGUGCUUCCUGGAAGUGGCUGAAGAUUGGAUGGGAGCAUCGGCCCUUGUACUGGUGCCCGCGGGCCUCUGCUCGGACUGUGUAGCAAGAGAACUCUGUUUCAUCCACCGCCCAGCCCUGAUUGCUCCAGCAGGAGGGGGGAUGAAGGGGGCGGGGGCGGCACUAGGCCUCUGCUCUAGCCUAUCAGGGAGGGAUGGCGUUGCUGUUCUCGCUUCUUCCUCUUGCUACCAGAAAUUCUUUUUUUAUUCAGAAAAGAGGAAAGGAAAAACAAAAAACCAAAUGUAUAAAGCUUUGGGUGUAGGAUAUAAAAAAAAUGUAUUUAGACAUAAAAAGAAAACAAUCAAUGUAUUUAUUUGACUUCAUUCCGUGUACUGAAAGCACACUUUAAUUUGUAUUUUAUUUUGCUUUUUUUAAAAAAAAAAUAUGGAUAAUGCCAGUUUUGCAGGCUCCCUUGCCACGAGGGCCCCUGGAACCCUCUGCUCCUGGAGUCCCCUUCUGGGCUGCGACAGGCGUGCACAGGCAGACCUCGGUUUUCACUGGAUUGCAUUCUAAGCAGCUACACAGCUUAGUUUCCAGCAUCGGGGAUGACCUCAGCCAGACCCGGGAGAGCUGGUAGUUCAGUUUCCCUUGGAUAUCAUUCCUCAGUAUGUGGGGGUUUAAUGAGGAGAGGGAAAAGCCUGAAUGGUUGGUUCAUUCCCUCUCACACUCCUGGCUCUGCUUUGACCUUGAUCUCUCCUGUUGACAGUAAUGACUCGGCAUUGACGUUUUGUUGAAAUACACAAAACAAAAAAAACAAAACCCCUACUUUUUUCAAAUCAGGGCAACGAUGUCAGAGCCACAGUGUGCAUUUGCUGAGUUUGCUACUGAUGGGAGCAGUAGUUAUAUAUGCCUUGCUGACCUGUGUGUGUGUGUGUGUGUGUGUGUGUGGUUGGUUGGUUGGUUGGUUGGUUGGAGGGGGGGCUGCUUUGGUUGUGUGUUUUGUUUUUUUGCACUGUUUGUGCCAAAGUGCUCUGAAAUCACAUGGAAUCAUUGAAACGAGUGCUGCAGUGUUUCUCUAACCGAGUGCCGGAUUUUAAAGUGAGCUGUGUUUGAGAACGGAAACGGUAGCUCCCACAUCACAUAUGUAAACCUGGGCUCUCCAGCUUGAAUACUUGUAUGGCUUAGUCUAAGACGAGUGCACCUUUAAUCCGAUGAAUGCUUUGGGAAGGGGAGUCUCCCUUUACAAGGGAUUGUUAAUGCCUUUUUUCUGUACCAGUACUCAAAUCUUAGGCUGUCCUUUUUGUUGUUGUUGUUUUUAUCAGCCCGAUCUAAAUGUGCCAAACUCUAGAACAGUCUCCUCUAUAACCCUCCCCCAGUAACGCGUGGCCAUCCAACUGUAUGCUCUGUGAGGGAUGAAGAAUUUUUCUUUCUUCCUUCUCCUUCUGGUGUGAAGGUCACACUGCCUGCCCCAUUAACACACAAGUACAUUUUCCCUGUAGCUAUAAUGGCAGAGAAUCAAAACUGCUGUUCCCUAAUCAUGCAAAACACAAACCUCUCCUUCUGCUUACAGAGAGACUGGUAGUAUUUAAAAAGACAGACAGAGCUGAGAAAAAUAUUCAGUCUCCAUUCAGAAAGAUGCACACUGAGAGUGUGUGAGCUGGCCGCUCCCCCAAACCAAAGUCUCUCUCUAUACUGUUUCAGCACCAGUCUGAAUGUGACUCAGGGUUCUGCUUAUUUCCAUUUCUUAAACUUUGCCAAGCAUUGAAUCCUAAAGUUUAAAUUGUUUUCUACGUGAAACCUUGCCCCCUGCCCCCCUUGGCAUUAGGAAAACAGUGUUCCCAAACUGGCAUGGCAAAAAGGAUUUUAGUGCCCCUCUUCUCUUCCAGGAGCCAUUUGUCUGGCCUUGCAGUACCAGGCACAGCCUUCUUUCCUGGCUGCAUCCCCAGCUAUGUCUGUCUAGACCUUUCACAAACCAUGUCCUGGUCUCUCCUUUCCUGAGGAGCAGCACAGCACCUAGAGGUCUCUUUGCACAUCAUUAUUGCUGGUCUCCUUUUGGCCACUGCUGUUUAUGGCUGGAGAUCUUGGUCUGCCUUCUCAUCUCCACUCCAGAAUAGCAGAGGGGCCUGCUGAGCUGUUGCUUCAGAACUGUACACAUGACAGUGAAAUCCUAAACAGAAUUACUCCAGUCUACGCCCAUUGAAAUGAAUGGAGUACCUCUGCUUAGGAUUUCACUGUGAGUCUCCGAUGUCAAAGUCAUUCGCUAUGAUCACCAGCCUCCCCACCCCCCUAAAAAACAGGGCAGAAUGCUGGUUUAGUGGCAGAUCUUUCAAAAAGCUUCCUCGUCUUCUGUAGUGAAUGUAACAUCAGUGAGCUGUGUGUAUGAUGGCCUUUUUGUCUGGGAAGUAAAAUUGAGUACGGUGCUGCUGUGCUCUUCUUUGGGGUGGGGGGAGUAGGCUUGUUUGUGCCAUAGCAUAGUAUUCCCUGUUGAGGACAUUGUUCUGCUCUUUGAGGGAGGUGAGGGUGGAGAAAAUGUGAUCAUCUCUUGCUCCUUUCACCAUAAUCGCAAACACUGGGGCUGUCUUAACUUCCCCAGUGCUCCUACUGUACCACAGACCCAAGGCACAAAUCUGUUAUUGUGCAAAAAGGCCAACACUCAAAUGCACUUUGUGGGGUUCCUGUUGUUUGUCCAUAAAUGUACUAGAGUAGCCAUGAUGAAAUUCCAGCCAAAGAGACCUUUUCUCUCCUUCACUGCCAGCUGUGAACAUUCCCUUCUUUGGACUAUAUGGACAGAACAUUUUACGUUUUCAAAAAUCUCUUCUCUCCCCCCAUGUCAACUCCACAGCACUUCUUAAGAAAUGAGUGUGUGCCUGUUCAUGUGUGUGUGUGUGUGUGUGUUUUAACUAGUGUUUAUGGAACCCGGUUUACUGGGGCUUUGAUCCCAAAGCCAAGAUGACAAUUUUUGAAGGGCCUUCACUCGUGUGGCUUGGAGCUGGCCUGCACCUGAAGUAAAUUGAGGAAGGAAACCCGUGAGGAGGCAGUGUGGGCUGGGUGAUGGUUUUGCUUCAUGAGCAUUUGGGACCACAAGCAAAAAGAAGCUUGAGACAAAGGUGAUCUCUUUAAAAGGGGACCCACCAUCAGUGCAAGGGCCAAAGCAACCUUCCCUAUUUGGGUGUGUGUGCGCGUCCAUCUGAAAUUCUGCACUCUCUCUCUCUCUCUCUCUCUCAGCACUGAUUCUACCAGGGAUACCUGAGCUUCGGAUAAGUCCGUAGUUGAGUUUUUAAAAGUAGUGCCUAAAGACCUGACAGACUGCAACUCAGGGAUCAUGUUUUUGAAUACCUUCCCCCACCUGGUUUGAACAGCCCAGCAAGGGGAGAGCUCGCAUGUUAAACAGGUUCUAGCCCAGACUGUUCCUGGCCCAGAGCCAGUUUGGUGUAGUGGUUAAGAGCACGGGACUCUAAUCUGGAGAGCCGGGUUCGAUUCCCCACUUCUCCACUUGAAGCCAGCUGGGUGACCUUGGGCGAGUCACAGUUCUCUGGAGCUCUCUUAGCCCCACCCACCUCACAGGGUGAUUGUUGUGGGGUAAUAAUAACACUUUGUAAAACCGCUCUGAGUGGGCAUUAAGUUGUCCUGAAGGGCGGUAUAUAAAUCGAAUGUUAUUAUUAUUAUUAUUAUUGCUGGGCUUUUCUUUUUAACACAAAGGUUCUUUAGAAAGACAAGACUUCCCUGACCUGCAGUCUCAAGCGAUCCAGACCAUUCUACCAUCUCCUUCUAUAGCACGUGUAGAUCAGAUCUUAAAGACAGGACAUGUAAGAAGAUGUAAUGGAAGGGGAGAUUCUGUGCAAGGGAGUUGUCUUUUCCCCUGCAAAUAAUCCCAGGCCAAUCUUAUUUGGACUGUACCACUUGCAUUUUACACUGUUAGCGAUUCCAGGUCCCCCGGUGGGGGUGAGGAUCCCCCGUUCCACCCCACCACCAGUCACCUGAUUGGUUUUCUGGGCACGCUCCUGGGGUAGAGCAAUGACAUCACUCUGGGAGCGAUGUCAUCAUGCCACCCUGGGAACACUUCCGCUUCACAGUGGGCUGAUUUGGGCCCCCGGUGGGCCAAAUUAGGCUCUUUGGAGACCCAAAUCGGCUCACUGCAAAGCAUGGGAGUACCCCUGGGCCCUACAUGAUGAAGUCACUUCCCAGAAGUGAUGUUGUCAUGCUGCCCUGGGAGCAUACGCACAGACGAAGAGCAAGUUGCGUGCCAGGUCCCCCUUGCUUCCACUGGGAGGGUAAGGGGACCUGGCAGUCCCUAUACGCUGCUGAUUUCCCCCACUCCGCCUGCUAGGAGUAGGAUCAGAAUGGACAGGGUCCAUACAGACUCAGCGUUGCUUAUGGAUACUGAGCAUACUGGAUCGGUAUGCUCUGUUGCUUGCAAAAAGAUUUGGUUGGCUCCCUUGACUCCAGUCAAAGCUUGCAGAGAGCCACGCGGCCCUAAUACUCGCUUAUUAAUGAUUGCUCUGAUUUGGUGGCCGUUACCUUUGUGGAUAAAAGCAGGCCUCAGCGUUCCUUUUUGCCUCUCCUUCAGUCUGAAUGCAGCUUCUGUCUGGUGGGUGAGUACGACCUCUCCACACCCGAUCCUUCCUUUGGGUCCCCCCACCCCACCCACGUGCCAGCCGAAGGAGCAGAUUAUACUUCAAAAGGUGCACUGCGACCAGCACAAUAUUUAGCCUUUUCUUUCUUAAUUUUGACUUGUUUUUUGAGACUCGGAACUACUAGAUUUUCCUCCCCCUUUGCUACACAGUACAAUCAUGUAUUCCGUUUAACAGAUUUUACUUUUUAAGAAAAACAGAAAAACUCAAUCUGGAAAUAUUCUUUUGAAAAGCAACACACACACAUCCUUCCUUUUAUUAACUAUCCUGUAUUUUUAACUGAUCAUGUUUGAAUGUCUAAAAAAAAAAGAGUUUAUUGUUCUAAUUAUCCAGAUGUAUGUAUGUUUGUAAAAUAGCUCUCAUUAAUUAGCUGAUAAGGUUGUAUGUUUUUUGGAACAAAAUAUCGGUCAAUAAAAAUGAUUUUUGUUGGAGGUUUUUUUUGGAAUCUGGGAAAUAGAAAAUUCAAGCAUUCAAAUAUCAGUAAAUAAGCUUAAAGGAACCAA